AAGCUUGCCGGUUAAAACACAUUCAUGAAUCAUGAUUCAUUGAUUCAUAGAGCAGGUACACUAACUCACAGAACUCCAUCCUUAAACUAUUACCUCAUUCAUACAUCAAUACACUCCGUAUCAAGAGGAAAACCGUAGACUCCUAAUAUUCUUGCUGAUAAGCGAGCGUUAUGCAUCUCCGCGAGUUAUCGUAUGCCUGAUCGUCGCCGCCGCGAGAUCCCUUCUCUGUGUACCGGCGAGAGGGUGAGAGAGAAGAGAAGAGAAGAGGGGACUCACCCUCGCCGGCGCCGCGAGAUCUCAUCUCUAAGAACCAGAGCCAGCGAACGAGAGAGAGGGAGAGAGAGAGAGAGUAGAGGCUUUGGGUUCAUUUUCAACUGUUCUUUGUUUGAAUUGCAAGCAAAGGAAGAGAGAGAGAGAGAGAGAGAGAGAGAGAGAGAGGUGAAGGUAAGGUACUGUUUGGAGUGGGAAAGCUCUUACUUUGGCUCACUCCUUCGUUUCAUGGAACUGGAGGAGCGAAGGGAGAAGAAGCCCUACUCGGCCCCUUUCAUCACAACUCCUCAGGGAAGGGAGGGAGAUAAGGAACCCGGGGUGUCUUCAAGAGUGGCGUGGUUGUUGUUGGGGGAUGCGACGUCGCCGGGGCAGGCGUUCGAGAGAUGGGUGGCGCUGGUGCGUAAGCGCUGCCGCCAGCUCCGGGACUCUGGAUUCCCUCAUCGGGCGCCCAAGAAUGUCGCCAUUCCCUUCGAUCUCUCGCCGUCGUCUUCAUUAGAGCGAGAAAGUGGCAGACUGGAUUUAGGGAAAGGAGAUGGUGAUUCAGACACUGUCCUGUCCACUGACCAAAUUGCAGACAUGAGUUUGUGGGAAAGGCUGGGAAGUGCUGCAACACUGGACAUUGAAUCGAAUGACUUUUCCUGGGAUGCACUCUCAUCACUGCAUCAUACAGAGCAUAAUAGUAGCAACGAGCAUGCAGAGGACGAAAUGAAUAGAGCUCUAGAGGUGACUGUAAACUCUGGGGGUGUUGUUUUCUUUGCGCUGUUUAUUGCUCCGGAGAGCGAUGAUCUUAUGCUGAAGGAAGCGGCUGCAGUUGUAAAGAUUGCAUCAUCGCGAAUGGCAACACAAUCUGAACGAUUGGGUUAUGAAUUUGCAAAACUCCUCAGAGUUCAAACACCACAGGGUAGAGUUAUUCACAAUUCCAGCCCGGAAUGGCAACAGAUCAAGGAAGCCACUGAAAAAGCACGGGAUGCGGCUUUUACAACAGGAGAUGAAGUCGGGGAAGUAACAUGCACUGAGUUGUUAGAGGCUCUUGAAUUAAGUCGAUGCCUUUUCUUAAUGAAUUAUGUUCAUGGUUCACCACUCCUAGAGAGCUCAGCUGCAUUUGAUUCAUUUGAAGCAGCUCGAAUCACUGCUGCGGCCCUUGGGAGAGUCUUGAUGCUGGACCUAAUACUUAGAAAUGAGGAUAGACUCCCUUGCCGACAACUUGGCUGGCGUGGUAACAAUGCAAAUCUUUUGUAUGUGGAUAAAAUCAUGUCGGUAAAUAUGGAGGAAGUGUUGGACGAAGCCUAUAAAUCUGCGGCCAGAAGAUACAGACCACAUAUAAUCAAAAUUCUUCAGAAAGAAAGAAGGGUAAACUCUGUCAAUGGCAGAUUAGAUUCGCCAAAUCCUGAACUAUCCCCUCAAGUGUCUGAUACAAAGACCUGUGAUGAUUUUCAUAUUGUGGCUAUUGAUUCCGGGGUUCCUCGCCGACCACCUGCUGGAAAGCGUGCAAAAGAUCAUGAAGUUUAUCCCAAAGUGGUUGAGCUCAUACUGAAUAGCUCAGAAUUUGCUGCUAAUAUAUUGAGUGAAAUUUCUGGUGGUAAGUUGGGUACUCCAGCAGUGUCCAAAAUUUCUAAUGCCGACAUGGCAGCCAUUGUUCAUGAGUUCCGAGGGGGAUUUCGUGCGGCACUAAGGGACCUGCAAAGCUUCCAUAUAUUCCUUCUCACACUUUACCAGAAACUCGAUGGUCUCUUCAGAGUAUUCCUAUCGAUAAUCAACAAAAGCUCUGGUGAAGUAGAGAAGGAUGAUGUUGAUUCUCCUCAGCAUUCACUUGGGAUUGGUUUCAGCACUCCAUGUCCUGAAAAUAAGGAACGGGUUGCCAAUGAAGUGCAAGUGGAUUUAAGUGAUUCUGAUUUACAAAGAAACACUUCAAAACCUUCGCCUUUUGCAUCUCGAGACAGCCCUGAAUCCACAUCUCCAGUCUCCCGGGAGAAUUGGAGUGCUAAGUAUUCAAAAGGUAAAGGAGAGCAAUCCCAUUGUCUCCGGUUAACUAUGAAGCUUCGGGAUUUCAACAAGUUUGCCAAGAUUGAUGCCGAGAUGAACAAGGAACUCGAGCAAUGGAAUGAAAUGCUUAGGUCCGAUGUUGUCAAGUUGUGCCAGGAGAACAACUUCAAUUCGGGGUUUUUCGCGGGGACUGAUAACAAUACUGUCAUUGAUGCUUAUGAACUAAAGGUUCGACUUGAACAUAUUCUCGAGAGGAUAGCUUUGAUCUCGGAUGUUGCAAAUACAGAGCGGCCGUCUCUUGUUACAGGUAAUGUUUUCAUCGGAGGAGCUCUUGCUGCAAGGUCCAUGCACACUCUUCAACACUUGGGCAUCACACACAUACUGUGUUUAUGUUCACAUGAAAUUGGACAAUCUGAUUCACAGUAUCCUGAUCAUUUUGAGUACAAGAACUUUUCCAUAAGUGAUAAUGAGGAUGCAGAAAUCAGUGAUCUCUUUGACGAUGUUUCUGAUUACAUUGAUUAUGUCGAACAACAGGGUGGAAAAGUUCUGGUUCAUUGUUUCGAAGGGAAAAGCCGAAGUGCAACUGUUGUGCUCGCAUACUUAAUGCUUAGGAAAGGACUCACAUUAUUAGAUGCAUGGAACAUGCUAAAGAAAGCUCACCGGAGAGCGCAACCAAACGACGGGUUUGCCAAGGCUCUGUUACAGCUUGACAAGUGGCUUUUCGGGAAGGUAUCGAUGGAAUGGCAACAUCGAAAGCCGGCGAUGAAGGUGUGCCCGAUUUGCGGGAAGAAUGCCGGGUUGAGUACCAGUUCUUUGAAGCUUCAUCUGCAGAAGUCACACAAGAAGAUAUCUUUAGGAAGUGUUGAUAGUGCAAUGACAAUGGAGAUACAAAAAGCUUUGGAAGGAUUAAGGAUUAGUAGGAGUAGUAGUAUAAGUCCUAAAAAGAAGCAUUGUAGAUCAUUCAAUGAUAUAAAACUUUGAUUCUUUUGAUUUAGUGGUUAUGAGUUUUUUUAUGUAUUUUGGUGUUCAUAGUGUACAAUAAUAAUAUAUGGUUGUA